ACACGCGUCAGGGGUUGUACGUCACUCACGACAUGCGGAUCUUUGUAGCGGCACCCAUCUCGCUCUGCCGGUGUCGGAAAACAACGAUGUACCGUUAGUUUUAAAGUAAAAACAGCUAGUAAGUGUUUCAAUGUAGCAGCAGUAUGUGAAGGACUGAUACACGAGCAUCAACAAAGCCGAUAAACUGUUCAUGAUUUCUACAUUUCAAAGUUUUCCUUGAAAGAAAAAGUGAAUGGCUGUGAAUGAAUGGCCAUAUGUUCUUCAGAUCUGAAGCGUGUGGAAUAUGAGAAGCAGUCCUUCGUGGUGCAACACUAAAGGCAUCUGAAGCUAAAAUUACAGAAGUUUGAGGAUAGGCACCGGCAUGCACAGAACGAUGGGUGUUCUUGUGAUCACAGAUCGACAGAUAUGAAGAACUUUAUCAUUUCAUCUGUCUGCGUUAUGCAGCCAUUCAACAUCAUGCUUUGGAGAAUUUGGCCAUAAAACAGCUUGGCAGAGAUAAUACCCAGUUUUCUCUAAAAGAAAGCCAGUUUUUUAUAUUUGCAAAAAUGGCUCUCUUUGUGUUUCCAUUUAAUAACCUGCUGUGCAUGCUCUUGGGCAUCUCCUUCACUGUCUGGUUCACACUACUUUUGGUCUUCAUCAUCGUUCCUGCCGUUUUUGGCCUGUCCUUUGGCUUCCGCAACCUCUACAUGAAGAUGCUGCUCAAGGUGUUUAAGUGGGCCACAAUGAGGAUGGAAAGAGGAGCCAAAGAGAAUAACCAUCUUCUGUACAAGACUAACGCUAAUGGCAUUAUUGCUAAAGGGCCUACGUCGCUGGAAGAAGAGCUCAAAGAGAUUCGACGAAACGGCUGCAAUCGAGAGUCGGAAGGGUCCGCUUCCACCAACACAGGCCACGCCCCUUCCUCCUCUGAGUACGAAGUGUCAGACAUCUUCUACUUUUGCCGUCGCGGGAUUGAAAGCAUCGUAGACGAUGAGGUUACCAAACGUUUCACGGCAGAAGAGCUGGAGUCUUGGAACUUAUUAACCAGAAGCAACUAUAACUUUCAGCACAUUAGCACCAGAUUGACUGUACUGUGGGGUCUUGGAGUUCUCAUUCGUUAUGGGUUUCUUCUACCUCUCAGGUUAACAUUAGCAUUCACAGGAGUCAGUCUGCUGGUCGUCUUCACCACCAUGAUUGGUCUUUUGCCCAAUGGGAGGAUGAAACGUUUUCUCAGUGAGAAAGUGCACCUGAUGUGUUAUCGUAUCUGUGUAAGAGCGCUGACCGCUAUCAUCACAUACCAUCACAGUGAAAAUAAACCCAAGAAUGGAGGUAUUUGUGUUGCCAACCACACGUCACCCAUUGAUGUCAUUAUACUGGCCAGUGAUGGAUGCUAUGCAAUGGUCGGUCAGAUUCACGGUGGGCUGAUAGGGGUAAUUCAGAGGUCCAUGGUGAAAGCUUGUCCACACAUCUGGUUCGAGCGCUCUGAAGUCAAAGAUCGCCAUCUAGUGACUAAAAGAUUGAGCGAUCAUGUCAAAGACAAAACCAAACUGCCCAUCCUCAUUUUUCCUGAGGGUACCUGCAUUAACAACACAUCAGUAAUGAUGUUUAAGAAAGGAAGCUUUGAAAUUGGCUCUACUGUCUACCCUGUUGCCAUUAAGUAUGACCCAAGGUUUGGCGACGCCUUCUGGAACAGCAGCAAGUUCGGGAUGGUGAAAUAUCUGCUCUGUAUGAUGAGUAGCUGGGCGAUCGUCUGCAGCGUGUGGUACCUGCCUCCCAUGACCCGCCGGGAAGAUGAGGAUGCAGUGCAGUUUGCUAACAGAGUAAAAGCAGCCAUUGCCAGGCAGGGUGGUCUGGUGGACCUGCUGUGGGAUGGUGGGCUAAAACGUGCAAAAGUGAAAGAUACUUUCAAAGAGGAACAACAGAAACUCUACAGCAAAAUUUUGGUUGGAACGCAAGAAGACCGCAGUCGCUCUUGAUAGGACAAAGAUGAAUCAGGUGAGGACCAGAGAGCCCAAGACGUUUUAGAGACCUGGAAGAUGAUGUUGUGAUCCUGAUCCCGGAUUAAAUUCACUUCUUGUUUGCCAACGCUUGGUCCAUUAUAGGUCAGGUUUUGGGCUUGCACCGCU